AUGCCGCCCAUAGCCAUGCACUGGCAUUCAUUGCUGGCGCGGCAUGCCAAAAGCCUCAAGGCUGCGGCGUCCAAGGCAAUCCGAGCCUUGGACGUUCAGCUAGGCGGGCAGCGUGCGCCAGCCCUCGAACUUGUUCGCAACACUCCGAAACAACCUCUCCACCCGCUCGCACGCAUUCGUCAAAGCCAGUCUCGAAACUACUCGACCGCACGACGAUGGCUCAACAGCUCGAUCCGCCAAUUUUCUUCAGUCUCUGGAGGCAAGACUGGCUUGAGAUUCGACCGAUCUUCGUUCCCAAAGUCCCAGAUCGGUUCUUUUGUCCAAUCCUCAAGCGGCCGCGCACCAUUCGCCUCGACCCUCCGACCGAACUUGACUGGAGGAACUCUCGGUAGAUCGGCAGGUGGAUACGCGUAUGGUGCUGGACAUGGAGGCAAGAGGUUCUUUUCUCAUGGACCGGCCGUCCAGGCACAAGUGGUUCAGAACGUUUCCCAGGCCGUUCGCGCGUUCUUCAUAUCUGGUCAAAAGGCACAAUUCGAUGGUGUUGACGGUCACGGUAACAAGCGCUUCAAAGCUGUCUCGGCCUUACAGGAUGAGACCGGUCGCAAGAUGCGCUCUGUGCCCAAGGCUACACCAGGUUCUUGGAUUGACUUCCGCAUCAACCCAACUAUCACGGCUCUCACUUCUCUGAACGCGAUGGCUGGCUACGACCUCUCGAGCUCGACUGAUCAAGCCGAUCAUCUGAAUACUGAUGGACUCUUGAAUGUGCUCUCAGUUGACUUCUCUCGCUCCUUGAAGGAUCUUGCAGCAGUAUUGAACGAUCUCAAGCGGCUAUCCGCAUUGGGAGAUCUGCCGAUCACCUACGAAGGUCAGAAUCUGCGUGUUCACUUUCCAGGCUGUCCAGCAGAGGUCGUUGAACGGUUGUGCGAAGAGCUCAACGUUCAGCGCGGCACCGUAGUUCAGGAUGAGGCAUUUGACGCCUUUGCCGGAACCGAGAUAGCUCUUUUAUUCCCUUUCGCACCGAGCAACGAAUCGUCACUGACUAGCGAAUCCGACGGCGCCGAGUUCUUCGAGACCAAGAAGGCUGUGAAGCCUUACGAUCCCUACGUGAUAAGCUUGGAUGAUAUGCUCUCUGAUGACGAGAGUGCAAGAUACUCUACGCAAUCCGAUACUGGCUUUGAAGAUGUCCUAGCAAUCGAAGACACGCAAAACCCGUGGCUCGCGUCGCCCUCUCUCUACCAAUCUGUCCGCACACCUAGCGAGAGUUACGGCUCGGGUCAUAGCCCGCUUGAAUACCAAGGCUUCGAGGGCAUCUAUCGAUUCAUCGAAGAGCUGGAUUCUGCAAGGAGAUGAGCUCUGUCAGCUCGAGCGAAGCGUUAUUGGCUACUUUUCGGGUCAAAUUGAUAUCCCCACUCGCCCGUGACGACUUUAUGAUGGCCACGAGGAUUCCGGCAUGAUUUCUUAUGUAGAACGGAAGCGACAGCACGUAGCUUAGCAUGAAUGAAACUGAGAUGUUGC